AUGAUUUGCAACUAAAAAGAUAUUGAAUUCAAUUAAGCUAAUCUUGGUGAGUAUUAAUUAGCCUACUAAGCUACAGCUACUACUUUUAGUCUAAAGAAUCUCCCUCCGCAUUUUUAGGUAAAUGUAAGGAUUGAUUACUACCUCAUAAUGACUUGGGAUAAUGAAUCUUUAUCUGUAUAUGGUGGAUCAUAAAAGAAACUUUUUUAUAGGAUUUAAUAUGACUAUGGUAAUUCGAGUAUAAAGUUAUAAAGACUUUGCUAUGGUGAUUAAUAUAUCAAUUAUUUCUAUAGAACUGAAUAUACUUUGGAUGAUGCAAACUCUGAUUUUAGUAUUUCUUUCUAAACUAACUGUAAACUAUUUUAAAUAAAUGGUUGUGAGAGUACAUCAAACGAAUCUUUUGCAAUUGGAUAGGUUUAAGUUUUUGUAAAUGAAUGUCAUUUCUCUUGUUUAUCUUGCUCAGGUCCAUUACAAAAUCAGUGUAAAUUAUGUUACAAUAAUAUAAAUCCAACAAAUGGAAUAUGUCCAUAAUGCUAAGGUGCAAACAAUAUUUUUGAUAAUGGUACUUGUGUUUCUAAAUGCCCUUCAGGAAAGGUUAAUAAAAAUUAAGUGUGUGUUUUAUAAGAUUAAUUUUGUUAAUCUUUUUAAUAAAAUGGAUACAGCUGCUAAUAAUGCCUACCAAACUACUACCUUUGGAAUGGUAAAUGUAUGACUGUUUGUCCUUUAUUUUAUGGUAACACUAACAAUAUUUGUUAAGAUUAAAUAAGAAGCCUUCCAAGUAAUUUUUUAACUAAAACAACUAUUUUUUUGUUAAUUUAAAUUAAUUUGAAAUAGAUGGAUUUGUUGCACUUGAAGGAUUAUAAGAAUUUAGAUUUUCAUCCUUUCAUAUUUAAUAGUUAGGAUUUUCUAUAAUGA